CGUCGAACCAAUCUAACCACGGCUAUCUGGGAGCCAUAAAAUUAGCUACAUUAUAGAUAUUAGCCUUUCCUUCCAUACUUGGUACUAUUGCAAUCCUGAUUCGGCUUGCAACGAGUUAGUGCGUUCGAAGUAAUGCUAGCUAUAGCUGUGGGAUAGUGUGGAGGCUGUGAUUGCAUACAUUUUAUGAAGACAAUUCCUUUUAGAAGUCCCUUCUCUCCUGACCUGACUUUUGGUCUUAUUACCAAAAAAAGACUUUCCAACUGCUGUCUACACUUGUCAACACUCGAGGAAAUAGUAGCGGCAGAUGAAUUGACAACGAAGCGACACUUGACAACACCUACACUCUCGACCAAUAAGUUUCAUCUCAGGAACAAAACAAAGAGGAUAUCCAGACAACAUCAAGCCCCGUACCGCAGUGGGAUCUUAGACUCCGUAACGCGGGACCGGGAGCUCAACACAUCGUCUUCUGGCGUCCCAUCAGUUGUUGCUGAAGAGGAGAUAGAGGGGGUGAUGGGGCGUUUUAUAAUCACUAGCGUCGAGCUAGUGGACUUGAGUUGCAAUAACGAGGCUCUGGGUAAUGCAAGUUAUAUUCACUCUCAACGUCUCAUUUAUUCAUACGAGUCGCAUUCACCCUCAACGACUCAUACCUCGCACGACUUAUGUUUACAGUUUAUGCCUUAUCCGCACGCACAAUUUACAUCCAUGCUGAACGCCUCACCCAUCUGUACGACUUGUAUUUACAAUCAACACCUCAUCUACCCGUUAGACUUAUAUUCACGCUAAGCAACUCACCUAUCCAUACGACGACGUAGACGAGAUCAAGGCUG